AUGCCGGCGAAAAGCAAGAAGCCCGCGCUGCAGCGCGCUAAGGAGCUAUGUGGGAACGACACGCCCCUCGAGGAGGGUGAUCACUGGUUCGCAGUCGCCAAACCGUGGUGGGACGACUUUCAGGCCUGCAAGCGAGCCGAGGAUGCACCAAGCGUGCGUAACGACCCGCUCAUUGACAAGCAGCUCAGCUCCAAGACCCGCACGGUGUCAGUUCUCAAGCCGAAUCUCGAGGAGGGCCCAGACUUCGUGUUUAUGCCGGAGUUCUCAUGGGAGGUGUUUGCGCGCGAGCUUGAUUUCGACUGGGAGAUCCGACGCGAAGUCGUCUACGAGCGAAGCCGCCAGCAGAUGGAGAUCGAAGCUUAUCCCUUGACGUUCAAGCAGAAGCUGCAGGGUGCUGCUAAUAGCGGGGAGAUGGAGUGGCCGAGCCAAGGCCUCGAGAUGCAGUGGCGAAUGGACCUGGCAAAAGGCGACUUGCUGGACGCCCUGGACACGUCGAAGACGUGGUUUGAGGCUCGAAUCCUUGGUGCAAGACGCAACAAAGUGCACGUGCACUAUCGGAGCUGGGAACCCAAAUGGGACGAAUGGAUCCCCCGAACCUCCGCUCGGAUCGCCCCACUGCACUCUAAGGUGCCUAAAUGGCGCAGCACCCUACGUUCUCACUCGUUGGUGCAGGUUGGCAUUGAGGUUCCAACUCUUCAACACCCGAGGUGGCGUAACGCUACGGUGAUCGAGGAAGAUGGCGCUGGGCUCAGGGUGCACGUGCAGGUGGACGAGGACGACAUUUGGCUGCCUGCGAACGACGACUUGCUCUGUCGGCCAAACACGCACAACGAGUCG